AUGAACUCUCUCAAACCAGUUUCCCUUUCUCUAUUCUUACUUUCCUUAGUCAGUGCAGUCAAUAUGGUCUUCGCAAGUGAUCCUGAUAUCCUUUCGGAUUUCGUCGCACCAACUAACACUAUCGUUGAUGGAAAGUUCUUCACCUACACAGGAAUGCGUGGGGUUCUUGCCAAAUUUCCUCAAAACUUCACUUUAACAAAAGCUACCAUGAAUGAGUUCCCAGCUCUUAACGGGCAGAGUGUGUCAUAUGCUGUGCUUCAAUACCCUGCAGGUAGUCUCAACCCUCCUCAUACCCACCCUCGAGCUGCCGAGCUCUUGUUCCUUGUGUAUGGUAGCUUGGAUGUUGGAUUUGUUGACACCAAGAAUGUGCUUUACACCCAAAAACUCCAAGUUGGAGAUAUGUUCAUUUUCCCAAAGGGUCUGGUACACUAUCAGUCCAACCCAACCAAAGAACCAGCUGUUGCGAUUUCUUCUUUUGGUAGUGCAAAUGCCGGAACAGUUUCUGUGCCGUUGGCUGUCUUUUCAACAGGAAUUGAUGAUGGAAUUCUUGCCAAAGCAUUCAAGACCGAUGUUUAUACCAUUCAAAAGAUCAAGUCCGGCUUUGGCAAGCCCUGA